AUGUUUCAAUCCAUUAUUUUUUGUACUGUACUGUAUUCCUUAUUGAUCACGCGCACACUUUCACUACAGUCAAUUGUGGUUAAAGUCAAAGGUGACUGUAAACAACUGGCUAGUGAUAUUGCUCAAGAGCAUGGAUAUCGUUAUGUUCGACAGAUUUUCGAUGGGUAUUGUGAAAUUGAAGAAGAUCCAUCGUCAGUUAAUCAUAUACGGCAUCGACGUGCUGUAGAACAAAAUAUCGAUCCGGCUGAUUUGCUUCGCAAUCAUCCACACGUUCAAUGGGCAGAGACUCAAGUAGGAAAAGUUAGAAAUAAGCGUGAAUAUAAAUUUCACGAUCCUGAGUGGAACAACAUGUGGUAUUUGAUGAGACAUUCACAAAAUGGAAACUUGCCAGAUUUAAAUGUCACUGGAGCUUGGCAGAUGGGUUACACAGGUCGCGGUCGAGUGGUCACUUUUCUUGAUGACGGCCUGGAAUUCGAUCAUCCUGAUCUACAAGAAAAUUAUGAUCACGAAGCUAGUACCGAUAUUAAUGGUAAUGAUACUGAUCCGUCACCACGUUAUGAUCCCACUGAUGAAAAUAAGCAUGGAACUCGAUGUGCUGGUGAAGUUUCUGCAAAAGCUGAUAAUGGUAUAUGCGGAGUAGGAAUCGCUUAUCACGCUCGAGUUGGAGGUGUUCGAAUGCUGGAUGGAGAAGUAACUGAUAGUGUUGAAGCACGUUCGAUUAGUCAUCGACCUGACCAUGUGGAGAUCUAUUCGGCUAGUUGGGGACCCGAUGACAAUGGUGUGGUUGUCGAUGGUCCAGGUGUCUUAGCAACGAAAGCAUUCGAAAAUGGUGCUUUGAAUGGGCGAGGUGGAAAAGGAUCAAUCUUUGUUUGGGCUAGUGGGAACGGUGGUCGAUCAGGAGAUUCAUGUGCAUGUGAUGGCUAUAUAAAUUCUAUCUAUACGGUUGCCGUUAGUUCUGUUACAGAAGCAGGAAGGAAACCAUGGUUUCUCGAAGAAUGCUCUGCAACUCUUACUACUGCAUAUAGUAGUGGCGAAUUUGGUGAACAUGAAAUUAUUUCAACUGAUUUACAUCAUGGUUGCACGAGUCAUCAUACUGGAACGUCUGCAGCAGCACCUCUAGCUGCAGCUAUCUAUGCACUCAGUCUUGAGGCCAAUCCUGAUUUAACUUGGCGUGAUAUCAUGCAUAUAACUGUACUAGGUUCUCGUCCAUAUGCUAUACCAUCAAAUACUCCUCUUGUUCAGAAUGCUGCUGGAUUCAAUGUUAGUAGUAAGUACGGUUUUGGUUUGAUGGAUGCUGGUUUGAUGACAUGGUAUGCAAGUAUUUGGAAAAAUGUCCCUCCUAUGUCAACGUGUGAAACGGUUAUAAAUCAACCUGAAAGAAACAUACCAAGUGGAUCAAGUGAAGUCUUUCGUGUGAAUUUAACCGAAUGUCAGGAGACAGUUGAUAUUAAACGAACAGUGAACUAUAUUGAACAAGUGCAAAUAUUCAUUACUUUAACUACAGGAGAUCGAGGAUCAACAGAAAUCUAUCUUUACUCACCGUCAAAAACCAAAACACAACUCUUACCAAAACGAGCUAAUGAUCAUAGUGAUCAAGGUUUUGUUAAUUGGCCAUUCUUAACUGUACAAUUAUGGGGCGAGCCGCCGCAUGGUCAAUGGGCACUAGAAAUACAUAAUAAUGGUGUACGAUCAGCUGUUCUCAAGUCUUGGAGACUUGUCGUUCAUGGUACAAAAGACUAUCCUGUAUCACUUCGUUCAUCACCAAACGGUCAGGCUUCAAAUUGUCACAGUGAAUGUAAACCAGAUGAACAAUGUGGCCAAACGGACACCAGUUGCACAGCAUGCCGGCAUUACAAACAAAUGGUAGAUGACGGAAAAUUUAAAUGCGUGGGUAUCUGUCCGGAAGGCAGCUACGCAUCGGCGACGGACGGCGUGUGCUUACCUUGUCAUUCAAAAUGUGGCUCGUGUCGAAAUGCGAGUGAAUUCAGUUGUAUUGGCUGUAAGCUUGGCUUUUAUCUUAUACCCGAUACGACCACAUGUAGUGAAGUCUGUCCCAAAAAAUAUUUUACAGAUAGGAAAUUACGAAAGUGUGUCCAUUGUAAAGCAGAUUGCGCAUCGUGCGAAACGAAUUCUUAUGUUUGCACGUCAUGUUCAGACGAUUAUGCACUGAAAGGUACGGACUGUGUUAAAGCACCACGAGCAUGUAAUACUUCGGAUUAUUUCGAUUUCUCGGCAAAUGAAUGUCGAUGGUGUGAUUCACAGUGUUCCACUUGCAGUGGUCCAAACAGCUAUCAAUGUACAUCCUGCAAUUUAAAAAGCAAAUAUCCUUAUCUUCAAUAUCAUACAUGCGUGUCUUCCUGUUCACCGGGUUUCUAUCUAUCUCAAUCAAGUUCACAAUGUCUUCCAUGUUACGAUACCUGUCUAAAUUGUACAUCAUCGAAUGAAACAUCUUGUUUAUCGUGCAAGUUAGGUUAUGUUUAUCUUCCUGACAGUCAUCGCUGCGAAAAAUAUAGUGGUAAACCGUAUUAUAUUGAUAAGCACACUGGUGAACAACAUCAGUGUCAUUCGUCGUGUACACAAUGUAAAGGACCAAAUCCAACUGAUUGUAUUGCAUGUAAUCUGGUUACCGAAGUACUUCUCAGUGAUGGUCACUGCGUUCAUGACUGCCCCGAUGGCUUCUAUAUAAAUGAAAGUCGGACAGUUGAGAUUGAAACAAACAUCUGUAUGCCAUGCACGAUUGGAUGCAAAGGGUGCACAAAAGAAAGGCAAUGUGUUAAAUGUGAUGAAACGAAGGGAUAUCAUCUGGAUGGAAAUGAAUGUAUUCCAACAUGCGCACCAAAGACUUUCCUAUCAGGUACAAAAUGUGAACCAUGCGUUCAUCCGUGUUUAACAUGCACGGGCUUAACAAGUUGCCUUGAGUGCCGAGACAAUUUAUACUUGCUAGAGGAUAAGUGUGUUGAUCGCUGCCCGAAUGGUUACUAUCUAAGCGAGAGAAAGUGUAUGUCAUGUCAUCCGAUGUGUGGUACAUGCAAAGGACCAUUGGAAGAUGAAUGUCAAACAUGCGCGGAAGGAUUCGUUUUCAAUAAUGUUAAAAAGAAAUGUAUUAGCGUAUGUCCGAAUGGAAACUUCUUCGAUAAAGGUACAAAACAAUGCAAAAUGUGCACUCACAACUGUCUGGAGUGCUUUGAUCCUGGUUCGUAUUGUCGACAAUGUGCCUAUCCAAUGUCACUUACUACAAGUAACGAAUGCUUACCUUGUUGUACAUCAAACGAAACAACUGAAGGAUGUUGUCAAUGUCCAGAUAUCUGGAACGGUACAACCACUUGUAGUUCACCGAUUCGAUACAAAUGUUUUCUUUUAGGUUAUUGCAUUCAUCCUCUGGCACUUCAACCAACUCGUUCAUCACCUUGGUGGCUAAUAUCGCCCUUCGAGAAGAUUCGAACUAAGUUCGAAGAUUUAGAUUCGUCACGCCAAAAGAUUAUUUUAAUCGUUUUAAUUGUUACUCUAUUCUCUUCUGGACUCUGUUUAGUAGUUCUUAGUAUUUGUAAUCUCAAGGAUUUUCGUAAGCGAAAUCAACGAUCGUAUGAUAAUGUCGAAUAUGUACCAUUGGAUAGUAUAAUGAACGGUAACAGUGAUGAUGAAGAUACGAAUUUAACACAACGAUAA